UUCGGCUUCUGACUUGGAUUCUAUGCCUCUGGAAUCAGAUGUGUGUGGCAUUCUACCACUGCAGCUGAAUGAUGAAAAGGAGGGGGAACUUGAUUCUACUGAGGAAUUCGCCGAUUAGAGUGCCUUGCUAAGCCAAUCUUGGAAGAUAUUGCCAGCCUUGUACAGAAGGGUAGCCAAGGCAAAAUGAUUCUAUUUAGCUGAGCUUUUGAAGACGAGCAGUGGAAUAAUGUUCAUAGCCACUGAACUUAAAAACUGAGUUAACUAGAAGAAAGCUAAGGGACUUCUUUUAUGAAGGAAGUGGGAGACUGAGAAGCAGCAUUGAGUUUUUUGGCAGUAGAAUGGACUUUAUAGUUAGUGAUUCCAUUGUAUUCAAUGAAAAUAAUUUGAUUGCUGAAGAUAUCUCUAAACUAGAAGAUGCGUUUAAGCAGCUAUUGUCAUUUUUCAGUUUGAGGCUACUGCUUCAUCACCAGUCUGCAGUUGAUGCUGAUUAAUUGGAAGGGUCUGUGACAUCUUUAUCAAAUUUGGAUGAUUAUGAUUCUUCUAAAUAUCUAGUUCGGAAGAAGGUUCAAGAAUCCUUGGAAAACUUAAAGGAGGAGGCAGUUGUUCCUAAAAGUGCAGGGAAAUGGGUUUGUGGACAUUACUUGAGGGGUUCCUGCUUCUUGCAAAUGCACUAGCAAUACUAAAUGAGGACCGAUUUCUGGUACCUAAAGGAUGGGGCUUAUCUGAUUUUUCAAGUGGCAGGACAAAAUAUUUCAAAGGCGAGCUCAUAGGUCUUAUUUACGCAACUCAAUACCUAAAAGUUCCUCUCAUACUUCUCAACUCCAUCUGCAUCAUUUUGAAAUUUAUUUAUGGAUAAUGCCUAGCAAGGACUUACCAACUGAAUCUGAAACUGUGAUCCCCUAUGUUCACUCCAUGAAACAAGCUCACAAGAUUUUGAGGACAGUUAUAAGCCCAAGACUGAUUUGCUCAAAGCUGUUGCGGUAUUUGCAGCAGCUGCAACUGGGGCAGUGGCAAUUAACCAUUCUUGGGUGGCCACAAAUCAGGAUCUUGCCAUGGCAUUACUAUUUGUAAUAGGAUAUGUAGGCAUCAUAUUUGAGGAAUCUCUAGCUUUCAACAAAAGUGGAGUAGGACUUAGUAUAGUUGAACAAUACAUUGAGUUUAUGUUUUGAAUUAUAGUUAAUGUAUCAACACACUUUGAUGUAUGGUUGUUACUUAUUAUUAUAGUUGA